AUGAAAAUGUUUCCCGUGCCGCUCAUUGCACGCAUGAAGGCGAUGCUGAUGAGCAUCGGACACAGCGGAAGCACCGAUAGCAGUAACAACGAUCCACCGGUGGAAGAGGUCAUACGCGACCAGAGACCGCAUCUUGCGACCAUACCCGACGUACAGCAACUGCAGCAGAAUGGUGCACAUGGGCGGAAUCCACGAUCGAUGGCAAACGCCCGUCGCCUGGGUGAAAUUACCGACAUGUCACGGGUAAACCACGUUUACGGUUCGUACCAUGCACCCCCGCCGUUUGGAUCCAUUCAGCGCACAUUUGCAGCGGACAGUCGCAACAGUGUCGCCGAUACGUAUACCAGCAGCAGAUUCGGGACGCCAGAAACACGACCACUGGCACGACGCAGUGGCCAGCGUCCGCCGGAUUUAAUCCCGAUGAGAAUCGUCUCAUCGCGAACAUCGUCUUUUGGUCAACGAGGUGUUGCUGGUAUUUACUCGAAGCCAGUAUCCACUGCCACCAGUGGCCAGUCGUCGGGAGGCAAUGAGGUGAGUUCCGGUAACGUUUUGCAGCUGUCCCACGAGUUUAAAAAUCUGCUGCGCUCAAAGAGCAGCUCCACCCCGACGUCCGGGUCCGAUUCCACAGCUGCCCUCGACCGAGAGUUGAACGCACAUCGUGCAGCGGUAAAUAAAUAUGAAUCGCUGAUGCUAAAGUUUAUCCCCAUCAUGAACGAACCGCCCAAACGGAGCGCUUACGAUCGAUACACGAGGAAGACGAUUAAUGGAGAUGUUUCGCGACCGACGGUGCAAAAACAGUCCUCAGUAGAAACGCUCGAUCUAACCGACGAUGACGCUAGCGACGACGAUUGUGUGGAGGUGGGAGUGUCACAAACCAAAAGUGGCCGUUUGUUUACGCCGCUCGAUUCGAUGCUUACACUGGCACGGGACGAUGCGAACGACACAAAGCAAUCGAUACCGAGUCCACCGGAACCGGUCAACACGGUCAAGGAGCGGUUCGAAACGAAACAAGUCUUCCGGGACGAUAUUAUCCAGGACGUACAACAGCGUUACGGUACCCUGUUCAGCCAGCGCAAAUCCCUGAUCGAGCAGGAAAAGAAUCGUCUCGGAAGUCUGCGCCAAACCACAAACGUGCAGGAAAAUGAGGCCCGCAACAAAAUGCUCAACUAUGUGUGCUCUUUCUACAAGCUCGAUGAGCUGAACGAAUCGGACCUGAAAGAGUCAACACCCGAGCCGGAAGAUGUACCGCUGCCGGAGCUAACGAAGGAACAACUCGAUUUGAUGCAUCAGAAGUUGCGCACCGGGAACCAGGUGGUGAUCGAGAAGUUUAAUCUCCAGAUUACCGGUAACGAUCUCGUGACGCUGCAGGAUUUGAACUGGCUGAAUGAUGCGGUCAUCAACUUCUACAUGGAGCUGCUUCGGGAUCGUAGCGAGCAAAAGCACGGCCAGGGCCUGCCGAAGGUUUACACGAUGAAUACGUUCUUUCUGCCGCAGCUGCUGAAAAUCGGUUACUCAGGUGUACGGCGCUGGACACGCAAGGUAGACCUACUGGCAAAUGAUAUGAUUGUGGUUCCGGUACACGUCGGUGGCAUUCAUUGGUGUAUGUCGACGAUCGAUCUGCGGCGGAAAACGAUACACUAUUACGACUCGAUGGGUGCGCCCAACAAUGCCGUACUGAACGCGCUGGAAGACUAUUUGUGUCAGGAAUCGUUGGACAAGCGCAAAACGCCAUUCGACAAGAGUGGCCUAACCAAGCAGAACAUACGCGACUGUCCGCGCCAGAAGAAUGGGAGCGAUUGUGGUGUGUUUAGCUGUAUGUUUGCAGAAUACCUAACGCGCGACCACCCAAUCACGUUCGAUCAGUCCAACAUGAAGUACUUCCGGAGGAAGAUGACGGUGGAGAUAAUGUCGGGGAAGUUGCUGACGUAA